AUGUCAGGACGACGGCACAUUAUGCUAUGGGAGAAGAAGGUACAACUGGUUAAUGAGACGAAACAAGCGGUUGACUCCUCUGUCGGCCAGGGCGAGAUAAAGGCCAUGGAGUCGGAGAUCCAUCGAAUGGAACUUCGGAAAGCGCAAAUCGCCCGCCAGCAGGAGAUGCUCAUUCAGGCUCUUGAGAAGUCAGUGGCAAGGGUGUCCUAA